GACUCUGAAGAUAAUAAUGAUGAGGAAAAGAGACCAGAAAGCGAGAAAGGUGAGAAUGAAUAUAAUGAAUUGUCCAAAAACCAAGAUUUCAUAGAGUUUGGAUUUAGCUCAUCUGAAGGUGAGGACGAGCGAAUACUCGUUGAAGACGGAGAAUAUUCAGAUGACGGUAUAAUAAGUGACGAUCAAGAGGGUAUUUUACAUACAAAAAUGGAUAAUGCUUCCUUGUACCCAUGGAUUAAAGACCACGACCAUUCGAAACAGAAGGAAAUUGCUGAUUGGUUGACACAUGAAAUGAAGGAUUUUGUUAAUUACAUUUCCCCAUCCAAAGAAGAAAUUAUAACGAGAAACCUGGUUGUUUCAACAUUGAAAAAGGAAAUAAGUAACUUUUGGCCAGGUACUGAAGCUCAUGUGUUUGGUUCGUGUGCUACAGAUUUAUACUUACCGGGUUCUGAUAUCGAUAUGGUGAUCAUCUCAAAAACUGGGGAUUAUGAAAACAGAUCUAGGCUAUAUCAACUUUCAUCGUUUUUAAGGACUCACAAUUUAGCGAAAAAUAUUGAAGUGAUUGCCAAGGCUAAAGUCCCGAUCAUCAAGUUCGUUGAUCCCUCAUCUAACAUUCAUAUUGAUGUUUCAUUCGAAAGAAGCAAUGGUAUUAUGGCUGCUAAAAAAAUUAGAAAAUGGUUAGCAACCACUCCAGGUUUGAGAGAAUUAGUGUUAAUCGUCAAACAGUUUUUAAGAUCAAGAAAGUUAAACAAUGUUCACGUUGGUGGUUUAGGUGGUUAUUCAACUAUUAUGUUAUGUUAUCAUUUUCUCAAGUUACAUCCAAGACUAUCUACAAGCAGCAUAAAAGUCUUAGACAAUUUAGGUUCAUUACUCAUUGAAUUUUUCGAACUAUACGGUCGUAACUUUUCAUACGAUGAUUUGAUCAUUGCAAUUGACACUGAAACGGACUUGCCCAAGUACUUAUUGAAACGUCACCAUCCUGUAUUAAACACUUCAAGAAACCCAUUUUCAAUAGUGAUUCAAGACCCUUCAGAUCCUGCUAAUAACAUUUCAAGAUCAUCAUAUAACUUAAGAGAUUUAAAGAAAGCUUUUGGUGGUGCAUACCAACUUUUGGUUGAUAAAUGCUAUCAAUUGAAUGGUGCAUCAUAUAAACAAAGAAUUGGACAAUCAAUUUUAGGUGAUAUAAUACGGUAUAAGGGGAAAGAGCGUGAUUUCAAUGAUGAUCGUGAUAAAGUUAUCAAUAAUGCCUUAAUAACGCAUGAUGAUGAGAGUCAAGAUGAAAGUGAUGGAGCUAAUGGUAAUGAUAAAUAUUACUUCUCUGACAUAACUGUUGAAAGUGAAAAUGAAGGAGUCAAAGAGGAGAAGCUCAAAAAACAAAGUCCCAACCCUGAAAAAAAAGCUCCAUCUAAGAAGAUUGGAAGUAAGCCCAAUGGAUUUUCAAAUAAGGAUCAAUCUCAAAAAAGAGUUUCUGAUUACAUGAGCAUAAGAGACUCUGAUUCUGAAGCUUCGGAUAAUGAUAACAAAAAUGAUAUCAAAGACCAAGAAUCAAAAAGCUCUAAAAAACCUAAACUUUCACUUGAUAAGGACGUGAGAAGAGAUUAUUGGAAACAAAAAGGUUUAGAUAUC